AUGAGCUUUAAAUAAAAUCAAAAAGUGAUUAAUAACUUCAUCUAUAAUCCAGAAAGUAGCAAGACUGCAUAAAAUGCCCAUUUAGGUUGGCUUUAGAGAAUUCAAAAAGAAAAAUCUGGAUUUACUCAAUCCGUAGUUCGAGGGUUUCACAUCUCUCCUAAGAAUUUGAAGGAAACUAUUACCACGAUCAAAUAAAAGCAUAGAGGUACCAUUAGUGAAACUUUGAGAAAUGACUCAAUGGAAGAUUAGAGUAGUGUCGACAGAAAAAAAACAGUCCAGCUGAAGAACAGGCUUAAAUACUAAUACAAAAAGUUCCUUAAAAAUAGAUAUAUCUAGGCUUAAGAAGCCAUUAAUAAUUCAGCUGAGAGAUAUAAAGUAGCCACUCUUGAUAUGUCACUCCCUGAAAUUAAUUACUCAGAUAAGAAGAAAGGGAUAUUCAAAUAAAAACAAUCUUUAAAUGGAGUAGACGCGGCUUAUUCUCGCAUGACUUUGCUUAAUAAGGAGGGUUUGAUUAAAAAUGACAGUUUAGUAAGAGAUUAGAAUAAAACAACACUCAAUUAGGAUAUGAUACCUUAGGAUAUAAACAGCCAACCCAAGAUUUUAGUAGAUGACAUCAUAGAUUAUAAAAGAAAUUUGAACCUUUCAAACGAGACUUAUGUAGUUCCUCAUAGGUAGAAGCGACUUUUUACCAAUAGAAAUAUGAGAGAUGACUAAAUAUACCAAACAAUAUCGCCAGUUUCAAAUGAUUCCAAAUUAAACGAAAGAACGAGAGACAAAUUAGAUGAAAUUAAUUCUGUUUAUGGCCUUAGUUAAUUUCAGUAGAAGUAAGUUAUAAAAAAACAGUAGGAGAUUACCUAGAUUAUUAAGGAGAAACAAGAGAAGUUACAGAAUUUGAAUAGAUUAAAUAGAUCUAGAGCGUCAACGAAUUCGAGUAUUCAAAGAGAGUUAAUUCAUAGGAAUUUGAUUAUUAAUGCUAAUUCAAAGCUUAGUUGA